GGGGCUUUAAAUUGUCCGAGUGCAUUUAUGAAUCCCUCGCUUUCAUUGAAAGAUAAUACUGUGGUCGAAUUUUAGCGGAUAAUUCGUAAACUACGGACAUGACGGAUCAAGGUGUCUAUGUGUGAAAUAUGGAUCCUGAAGUGGGAGAGAACUCCUUUGAACAUGGAAGAUUGGGAGCUCUCAGCCGCUGGGGGAGAUUUCUUUGUGGUCCACGUAAUCUCAAGUUUAAAAAUAUGUUUACAUGGCAGUUCGGCAAAACUAUUGCAAUGGGUCAAGCCCUGUCGAUGCUGAUAUGUGGGACGGCAGUUACAUGUCAGUAUUUGGCAGAUGCCGGGGUGGAGACGCCAAUGCUGCAAAGCUUCCUCAAUUACACCUUGCUGCUGCUCACCUAUACUUUAGUCUUAGCCUUCAGGAGAGGUGAAAAUAAUAUUGUUCAAAUUCUAAAAACAAAGUGGUGGAAGUAUUUUCUGAUGGCUCUUACGGAUGUAGAAGCCAACUACACAGUUGUGAAGGCAUACCAGUUCACUACCCUUACAAGUAUACAGCUGCUGGACUGCUUUGUGAUCCCGGUUCUGAUGCUGCUCUCGUGGAUCUUCUUGAAAACUCGCUACAGACCGUUGCAUUUUAUAGCUGUGGCUGUGUGCUUGCUUGGAGUCGGUGCGAUGGUAGGAGCAGAUCUGCUGGCAGGGAGAGACCAAGGCUCAAGUCGUCAUGUGUUGUUGGGGGAUGGACUCGUGCUGGUCAGUGCUGCUCUGUACGCAGUGUCUAACGUCUGUCAGGAAUACACAGUGAAAAACCUGAGCAGGGUGGAGUUCUUGGGCAUGAUGGGGCUCUUUGGGACUCUCAUCAGUGGUGUGCAGAUGGCUAUACUUGAAUCCAAAGCUAUACCUGUCAUCAGCUGGAACUGGACAAUAUGCCUGCUCUUUGUUGCAUAUACUCUGUGCAUGUAUGGGCUGUACAGUUUCAUGCCUGUAGUGGUAAAUAUGACCAGCGCCACAGCUGUGAACCUCUCACUGCUGACUGCCGACCUCUUCAGUCUCUUCUGUGGCAUGUUCCUUUUUCACUACAAUUUCUCAGGCCUGUAUAUUGUGUCUUUUGUGGUGAUCACGCUUGGUUUCAUCAUGUUCAACAUCGUACCGACCUACACAGCAGAUCAGUCAUAUGCCACUAAUGACAGGGCGUAUCAUCUGGCUUCAUCUGCAUAUGUCCAGCAAGAUGGAGACAUUGUAGUAGACUGGCUGCAAAAGGAAGGACAAGAGAAUGAGGACAGGAUAGAAUCCAAUCACAGAACACAUUGCAACGGAUUCUGUUCUCAGAUAUAAAGCUCUACAAUGUAGAGUACAGUAUUGAAUUUUACAGAUUUACUUUAGAAGGGUCUAUAUUUUUGCCAAAGGCAGUGUUUAAUCUGUUAUUUAUGGAUUUUAAAUCCACAUCAGAGUGCCUUGAGUCUGUUUUUAUAUUUAAACCAAUUUGCAUAUAAAUGUUAUUUAAAUCUGCUGAGACUGAAGUUCAGAUACAUAAAAAAAAAAUGCAGAAAGUUGUCAUCAUGCACUACAAUGAUCUGGACAGUAUUACCUUAAGAGGUGCUAACAUCUCAAUUCCAUAUGAGAUGCUGCUUCCGGUAUGAUUACUUAUAUUAACAUUCUUUAUCUUUGUAACAUUCUUUAACUAACACUUGUUAUUUUUAUUUGAGUUAAGAAAUAACUACAAAACUGUAGAUCAAAAAUAACUUUAGAUGAAAUGAUGGAUGUAUUCAGCUUUUCAUAUUCAACUUGUUACAUUUAUUAUUAGUAUUGCAUCUGCUUUUAUAUGUUUAUUUUGUUUAAAUUAUCCAAAUUUUUUUUGAAAAUUAUUAUUUGUGACCAUUAAAGUGGUUUUAUUAUUCAUA